UGCUGCCCUACCCUACAUCACCGGAGCGUUGGCGAAGGCCCACUAUGGAAUCCGCAUGCGCAAUAUACCUCUUCACGCUCCCCUUUCAAAGCGACUGACAUACGAGCCGCAGCAGUACGCUCAACGAGGGAUACGCGACUGUGAUGCUCUAUUUAAAAUGAUCUUUGCAUGUGGUGGAUCCCUACAAUAAAUUGAACUUAAGCCAGACACCGCCUUCCAUGUCCACACCUAUAAAAAAAUAGAAGACGACGAUUUGUGUGACCUUGUGCUGAAUGUCAUUUUAAAAGGAUUUUGAUCUCUACGCGAGACAGCAAGACCGGCUUAAAGAUGGAAACCAUCACGCACGUCAUCAAUGACACUGUGGAGUUCUACAAAUGGAGCCUCACCAUUUCAGACAAGCGUGUGGAGAAAUGGCCCCUGAUGGACUCUCCUCUCCCUACGCUGGCCAUCAGCUCAACCUACCUGCUCUUCCUCUGGUUGGGGCCCAAGUACAUGAAGAACCGUGAGCCUUUUCAGCUUCGAAAGACCCUCAUUGUGUACAACUUCAGCAUGGUCAUCCUCAAUUUCUUCAUUUUCAAAGAGCUCUUCCUUGCUGCGCGGGCAGCAAAGUACAGCUACAUCUGCCAGCCAGUGGACUACUCAGACGACCCCAAUGAAGUGAGGGUGGCUGCAGCACUGUGGUGGUAUUUCGUUUCAAAGGGAGUGGAGUACCUGGACACGGUCUUUUUCAUCCUGCGUAAGAAGUUCAACCAGGUCAGCUUCCUGCAUGUGUACCACCACUGCACCAUGUUCACACUUUGGUGGAUCGGAAUCAAAUGGGUGGCCGGUGGACAAUCUUUCUUUGGUGCACACAUGAACGCCUCCAUCCACGUCCUCAUGUACCUCUACUAUGGGCUGGCAGCCUGUGGACCGAAGCUCCAGAAAUACCUUUGGUGGAAGAAGUACUUAACCAUCAUCCAAAUGGUCCAGUUCCAUGUCACCAUUGGCCACACUGCUCUGUCCCUCUACAUCGACUGCCAGUUCCCUCACUGGAUGCACUGGGCUCUGAUGGGCUACGCUAUCACCUUCAUCAUUCUCUUCGGAAACUUCUACUACCAGACCUAUCGCCGUCAGCCCAGACGUGAUGCCCCCUCCAAGGCAGGCAAGUCCGUCUCCAACGGGGUUCCCAACGGAGCCAUCCUGGCGAGUAACGGAGUGGCCGGGAAGCUGGAGGAGAAGCCUGUGGAGAAUGGCAGGCGAAAGAGGAAGGGUAGGGCGAAGCGUGACUAGACUGUGAGGGAGAGAGAGAGAGAGAGAGAGAGAGAGAGAGGAGAGGGCGGGGCCGGUUUCCCUGUGGACUCCCGGUUGACCACAGCGUUAGAGAGGGUUGGUUGGUUGGUUGGUUGGUUGGGAUGUGGUGUCAAACCACUCACUGGUUAUGAUGUAGGACUUCAAAAGGGAACCAGCUGGUAUGUUGAAGCUGAAAUUGAAGGGGUGCUGGGUUUGGUGGGUGGGGCAUAUACAGCCUGGUUAAUUGUAGUCAAAAGAUUUCAUGUCAUUUAUCAUUGCAGAAAAAUCAGGUGUUCCCUUACUGUACAGCCGUUGGUUUUUGUGUUUCGUGUUAGGGCCCUGCUGUACAGGGACUGGAACCCGUACCAUCAGACAUUCAUAUGUAGGGUCUAAAUCCCUCACAAUCAACUCACAUUAUGCCCCGCUAAUCGACCAGUGUUUGGAAUUUCGUUUGAUUUACAAUUUUAAGUGUAUGCCUUUUUUUUUUUUACAUCCAACAUACCUGUUUUGUCUUUAUGCGAUCAAUCAUGUCUUGUUAUAUUAUGUUAGACUGUGUGUGUGUGUCCUCUUAGUGAGACUCUGAGAUUGACAGCUUGUUUGUUUACAUUAUUUCUGGGAACACUCAUUUUACUGGAAUAUGAAUUCUAAAAUGAUGGCUUCCCCUGUAAUAUCGCCCUUCUGUUGGGGCUGUGUUGUCUACUAGUUUUACCAAGUCAGCUUAUAUCUUUGAAAACAGUGGAACGAGGAGUAUGAAGUACUUCUGACAUAGGAUCUAUUAUUUUUCCACAAAAAACGUCAAUCCUCUCAAACAUAGGGACUGCCAAUUGGACACAUGUUUAUUUUGUAAUGAGAUUAGAACAAUGCUCAUUCCUGAUGGAAACCAAGAAGUUGUGUACUGAUUUUGGCCUUUUGUCAUUUUGAUACAGAAUGCUGCAGAAAUGGAAUGAUGUUGCGAAAUGUUUUGUAUUUAUUUUAUCAAAAGCUGUAAUUUAGAUAUAAACUGUGUUGCUAUUUGGCUUGGCAGCAAUCAUGCAUGCUGUUUUGAAACUUAACUGCAAAAGAUUAGGUAUUAGAACACAUCCCAUUACCCAAAGGAUCCACACUUGAUAUCAAGUCCAGGUUUCUACCAAGGGAAAUUAUAUUUGAAAACUAGGACAAGAUGGCGCCCCAUUAACAUACAGUAUAUAUUAGUUUAGAUGGGCACUGUUGAAAUGAUGAUUACUAAUACGAGCCUAACUGAACCACUGAAGGAGUGUGUGAUGUGCUAUUGUGUCUGUCUGUCGCAAAACAAUACUGAGCUCAUUUGCAGAACUCUGUUACAUGUUAAGCAAUGUGUAUAAUGCUAUUUGUCAUGUUCUUUCCAAUUUGAUUUCUUCCAAAAUAGUAAUGUAAUACUCGAGAAUGGAAAUUGUAUUAUUUAUGGUCUUGUGUUCCUAAAUAUUUAUUUUCUUUUUUUAAUGUUGUAUAUGCUGUGCAGUUUUGUACAUUGCGCAUUUGGGAAUAUGUAAAGGUCAUCGAGGACAUUUAUUCUCUUUUUUUGAAUGACCGACACUGACAGCCCAUUGCUGCUGAUAUAUUAAACUGGAUGCCAAUG